AUGUCGUCCGGUGUCCAACAAACUGAGGCCAGUGGCAAAUCCAAUAAUCCCUCAUUCCAUGCCAUAAACAUCGGCAACUACUGCCACUUCUGUUGUGACCACGUCCAACAACCAUACUGCCAUGAAUGUGUUGAUUGCAGUGGCAUCAUGUGCCAACAGUCCAUUCCUUGGGGCAGCGACUGCCUCUGUUAUGGAAUGGUGGAUACCACCAAGGACUUUUGCUGCCCAAUUUGUGCUAGGACCACAGCUAACGAGGACGCUCCGCUGCCCUACACUGUCCUGGCAUACUGGAUAUGGAAGAAAGUUAAGAUGACCUGGCCCAUGGCAAUCCUGUUUGUCAAAGACUUGCACAUGCAUGGGGGUGCGCAUGUGUCCCAGUCCAGGAAGCUUGCUGAAGGUGUUAGCUUCAUGAAAUGUAACAUUGAAGCUGGAUUCCCCCCCAACACAUUCAUAAUCAUGGACACCCAUUCCGAUGAGUACAGUGGAAUUCUCCAGCACACUGGAGGGCACACCGGCAGCACCAACACCACAAUCACAGGAAUUGUGACCGCAUACCUUGGCGAGGAGUUCCUGAAAGGCACAGCAAACACUUCGCUUGCUGCAAGGAGUGAUGAAACUGUUGUUACCACAAAGACAGGUGAAGAGCCAUGGUGCAAGCUCACACCCAAUGCCAGAGGAGGCAGAAGAGUACUGAUGCUGUGUGGGAUGUUCGGAGCCACAGAUGUCUGGGUGUCGUUUUGGGACUUGAUCGCUGCAAAUCAGGGCAUCUUGGAUUGCACUACCACUGUCCUGGUGUACACCACCACCACUGAAGGAAAACAAAAUGUCGAGUGCUGUCAGAUAGCAAAGAAUAGCCCUGGGUGCCAUGCGUUUGGCGCCAAAUACAGGUCCUGUGGCACAGCAGGGUGUAAUCUGUCUGCGACAAACAUACAUGUGUACAAUUGUAGCACAGGUGAGUCUACUGUGCUUGAAGUGCAGUUGGACAUCUGUGUGGGACAAAUCAUCUCAAUCACGUGGGAAAAGGAGGGCAAGGGCAAAGGAGGCAAAGGGAAUGGGAAGAAGAGAUGUCAUGCCGUGAUGGAUGAACACAUGAUGGAAGAUGAAGUCAAUCCUAUUGCCAUAGACAUUGAUACUAUGCACGUACAUCGCAAGUAG